AUGAGCGACGAUAGUAUUGCCAUAGAAGACAUCAGUAUGGAAAAAGACGAUGUUGGGAGAUCCAAGAACUCUCCGGUCCAGGUACCAGACUCUUCUCCUAUUAGAGUCAGAUCACAGUCUACAGAGCCUGCCUCCUCGCCAAUUCAGAUAACCACCAGGUUACCGAGUCUGAGAGAACGGUUUUCGUACACGCCGACGAAUACUUUGAGCUCUAGAAUUUCACCAGAACCCCUGGCGGCCCCAAAGGGAGGACUUUCGUCAGAUCUCAGACGCAGUUUUACCGCGCUCAAAAAUCGGUUCCCUCAUUUAUCACCAGCCACCACGCUGUCAGCACUGAAAACAAAAGGUUCUUUGAGAGAGGCUGCCGCUUAUUUGAGCUCGUUGCCCAAAAACAUCCAACCUGCCCGAGACACAGAGUCGUAUCCUAAAGGCGUUGCCAAGAUCGUGUCACCCCAGAAAAUUGUGCUUUCAUCGUCUUCUCCUUCGAAGGAAGAUAACGAUUUAUUCUCUUCCAAAGUCAAACUCGACAAAUCGGGCAGUAUUUUACAAAGAUAUGGUGGACAGGUGAAGAAAGAUAACGACUUGAUUCCUGUCAAGAAGAGAAAACUUGUUCGAGGCACCAGAGAUCAAAAACCAUCUGUCGUGACAAUCUCUGAUAGCGAAGAACUGGAGCCUGUUGUAUUAGAUGAUGAGGAGCCAGAGGAGGUCGACGACGACAGCAUGGAAGAAUCCGAGGCCGAGGACGUGGUGGAUCUGGAGUUUGACGAGAAGGUGCUCAAUUUCCUCAAUACUGGAGAAAAGAGAGACAUUGUGGAUAUUGCUGGUGUUCUCCCAUCUGUGGCGCAGAUUUUGAUCGACAAACGGCCGUUCAAGUCUUUGGAGGCAAUCGAGACAAUGGAUUUCGCAGAAAAGGAGUCCACUCCAACCACACAGAAGAAGAAAGUUGUCAAAAAGAAGCCUGUUGGAGAAAGAAUUGUGGAAACCACAGUGAAGAAAAUGAAGGGAUACGCUGCCGUUGACUCGCUCAUCAAGAAAUGUCAAACUUACGGAAACAGUAUCACUCAUUCGAUCCACAAGUGGGGAGCAGAGGUUCAUAACAACAAAGGAGAACUAGAGAUUGUUGAGAUUGACAUGAAGAGUGAACAAAGCGACGAUAAUAAUUCGGAUAAGACAUUAUUCUCAAACGAGAACUCCCAGGCUAAAAACGAAAGCUAUGAAGCGUUCACCUCUGACGACGACAUGGAGGACCGCGAGUUCACUUUGAAGAUGACUCGAACUAGCACAAGACCAAGAGGAAGACCGCCUGUGGUAAAAGUUGACUACUUUAAGAGCAAACCCAAAUUGAUGGCAGACGAUUUUGAAAUGAAGAAUUAUCAGAUUGUUGGAAUGAACUGGCUCAAUUUGCUCUACCAGAAACGUCUUUCCUGUAUUCUGGCCGACGAGAUGGGACUGGGAAAGACGUUACAAGUGGUUGCAUUUUUGACUUUUUUGAAACAGCAGUCCUUGGAAGGCCCUCAUUUGGUGAUUGUUCCAUCAUCGACUUUGGAGAACUGGCUUCGAGAGUUCCAGAAGUUCUCUCCUUCUUUGAAAGUGGUUCCCUACUACGGAUCGCAGAACGCCAGGGCAGAGCUAAGGGAAGAGCUCAUGUAUAAUAACGACUACGACGUGCUGGUGACCACUUACACAUUGGCCACAGGUCACAAGUACGAUCAGUCUUUCCUCAGAAGCAGAAACUUCAACGUUAUCGUCUACGACGAAGGUCAUAUGUUGAAGAACUCUAACUCGGACAGAUACACCAAGCUGAUGAAACUUGGAGCCAGAUUCAGAUUGCUGCUUACCGGUACUCCGUUGCAGAAUAAUCUUCGGGAGCUCAUCUCUUUGCUGGCGUUCAUUCUUCCAGGGAUCUUCAAUGAGAAACGUGAAGACUUAUUGGUUCUUUUUGACCAGAAAGCUUCGACAAAGUCCACUCACAAGCGCGAGACAGAGGAAGACGCAGAGGACGAGGAAGAUAAUUACAAUCCGUUGCUUUCGCAACAGGCAAUCACUAAUGCUAGGGCCAUGAUGGCUCCUUUCGUUCUUCGGAGAAAGAAGGACCAGGUGAUGCAACACCUGCCUGCCAAACAUCAUUUCACCGAGUACUGCGAGCUUGACGAGUACCAAAAGACAGUUUAUCAGGAGGAGAUCCAAAAAGCUCGCGACAGCAAGGCAGAAAGAGAAAGACGCAAGCUACUGUCUCCUGAGGAGCUCAAAAAGCUGCCAAAGUCGGAGGUUCCUUUAUCGUCCUCCAACGUGGUGAUGCAAUUGCGUAAAGCUGCUUUGCACCCACUGCUUUUCAGAACCCAUUACAAGGACUCGAAGCUGCGCAAGAUGUCUGGAGAUAUUAUGAAGAGCGACGACUACUACAACGCCAACAGAGAGUACAUUUUUGAGGACAUGCAGGUGAUGUCGGACUUUGAGCUCAACAGACUGUGUCACACGUAUGCCAAACAACUUGCAGCUUAUCAGCUGGAUUCUGAAAGUUAUUACGAGAGUGGCAAGGUGAAAAAGAUGCUGGAACUCAUAGACCAGGUGAUCAAGAAGGGAGAGAAGGUGUUGGUGUUUUCGCUGUUCACACAAGUUCUGGACAUUCUGGAGAUGGUUUUGAGUUUGAACCAUAUUAAAUUCCUCAGACUCGAUGGACAAACGGCCGUGGACGAAAGACAGGCCAUCAUCGAUAAGUUUUACGACGCGGAGGAGGUGCCGGUGAUGUUGUUGAGUACAAAAGCUGGAGGAUUUGGUAUCAAUCUUGUUUGUGCAAACAACGUUAUCAUUUUUGAUCAGUCGUUCAACCCGCACGACGACAAACAAGCCGAGGAUAGAGCACAUAGAGUUGGACAGACCAAGGAGGUCAAUGUCUACCGGAUAAUUUGCAGGGAUACCAUUGAAGAGAACAUUCUACAGUUGGCCCAGAACAAGCUGCAAUUGGACGAUUCGAUGAUGUCCAGCAGCGAGGACAAGGUGGCCAAGACAGUUGAAAGUAUGAUUCUUUCCUAA